AUGAGGCAGCUAUCGCUCUCUGGGUCGUGUGGAACACAACAGAUGAUCAAAUGGACGGAAUUGCCGAAUGAGAUUAUUCAUAUCGUCUGCGAUUAUUUAAGUUUUUCUGAACGUCGAACAUUUUCAAUGAUUAAUCGUCGUUGUCGACAGAUUAUAAACGCCCGUCGAGAGAAGAUGGCCGGAGUAAUUGUUCGAGGAAUGCCGUCCAUAAAUUACUAUUAUAUUGAUAUCGCCUUUAUUGAUGGAUCACAUCUUCGAAAAGAAUUUAGCUGCUCAUAUUGCGGUACAACCGAUGUAAAAACUGUCUUAACCGAUUACUCAAAUCCAUUUGGAAGCUGUCAUAAUGGACGAAUACGAAAAGUUACUCCAUACCAGUUAAUGGCGAUGUACUUCAAAUGUAUCCUUCAACGAAGUUCCGUUGAUACUCUCUACAUUGGACUGGUGGACGUUGUUCCUUUACUUCAACUCGUUGACUGCCGUGUGAACACAAUCGUAUUGCCGGAUGAGAGUGAAACUGAGGACAUAAGGCGGUUGGGGCAGUCACCAAACACAGUAAUGACAAGAGUGCUUUGA